AUGAAAAAAGGAACCCCCUUCAAAUGGGAGACAGAAUGCGAAGAAGCUUUCCAACACUUCAAAAGGGUUCUAGCGGAACCCCCAAUCCUCGCAAAACCUCAAACAGGGGAAACACUAUACCUGUACCUCGCCAUAACGGAAGAAACAAUCGCCGCGGCACUCGUCCGGGAAAACGAGAAAAAAGAACAAAAACCCAUAUACUUCAUAAGCAAGGUCCUACAGGAUACGGAAGCCCGUUAUUCACGCCUAGAAAAGCUAGCUUUCGCACUCCUCUCGGCUUCCCGACGACUACGACAAUACUUCCAAGCUCACCCCAUAACGGUCCGAACCGACCAAGCGGUCAAACAGGUAUUACAAAAACCCGACCUAGCAGGAAGAAUGCUAGCAUGGUCCAUCGAAUUAUCCCAAUUCCAGGUCAGGUUUGAACCCCGAAACGCCAUCAAAGCGCAGGCCUUGACCGAUUUCAUCGCCGAGAUGACACCGAUUAAACUCACACCCGAACCAUGGAAACUGCACGUCGACGGCUCAUCAAACUCCACUCACGGAGGUGCCGGGAUUAUACUCGAAAACCAAAACGGGAUCAUAAUCGAACAAUCAAUACGAUACGACUUUCCGGUAUCAAAUAACCAAGCAGAAUACGAAGCCCUCUUAGCAGGCCUAACCCUAGCCCGAGAAGUCGACGCAAAGGUACUCGAAGUAAAUACCGAUUCCCAGGUGGUCUGCUCCCAAAUAAACGGAAGCUACCAAACCCGGGAUCCCUUACUCCAACAAUACCUCAACAAGGUAAGUGAAUUGAAGGAAGGAUUCGAAAACAUUACCAUACGACACGUCCCCAGGGAACGAAACGCCAGGGCGGACUUACUCUCCAAACUAGCCAGCACAAAAUCGGGACACCGUAACAGAUCGCUGAUCGAGGAGGUCGUUAGGUCGCCUUCCGUAUCGGCAACAAUCAGCGCACACCUAACAUCCUCAAAACGGGAGUCCUGGACAUACCCUAUCCUGCAGUACCUCCUUAACGGAACCCUACCACCAGACCCAAAAGAGGAAAGGCGAAUAAAAAGAGAAGCCGCCAACUACACCAUCAUAGCAGGACAACUAUACAAACGCGGAUUCUCGUAG